UUCACUCCGCACCACCUCCGACCGACCACCACCAUCCACACCUAUUCCCUUCCGCGUCUCUUGCGCAGCCCCACCGCAACAUCUCGCCUACAUACCGAGAGCACUAAUAUACCCUCAGUGGUUUUUGUUUCUCAAUUCCAGCUGCAAAUAGCUAAACGAUAGGGCGUCUCGCGUGUGCGACAUCGUUCAGACCCGCGCAGAAGCUGCGACGAGGCAGCAGCCAGGAAUGAGCGCAACCAUGAAUCCCAUUACUUCGACAAAGGGGAAGACAACGCAGCUGAGGUACGAGCUGCCAUCGAGAGUCUACGACACCAAGAUCUACCCUGUUAAAGCUCCCAACGGCUCAACCGUCUUGCUUUAUGGCCAUACCGGCGGGGUUGGUAUCAUAUGGAGAGGAGGGCGUCCUUUGAAACAAACAGCUACCGUCUCUGCACAGCCCUCGAAGCCGCCUGCUAAAGUCAAUGGCGCCACCGAUGUUAUUGAUCUAUUGUCCGACUCAGACUCGGACCCGAAGGAACCUGCGCCUAAGCCGCUACCUAAGGCUGCAUUCGCAGAUGAAGAGGAGGAACUAGACUUAGACCACCCAUUUCCGCCCGUUAUCCAGCACAUAAAUCUGUCCCUUCGUACAGAUGUUCUACAUGUUGCUGUACCUCCCAUUGCGCCAGCCUCGGAGCUCCUCUCUGCCGGAACUACCCCACCGAUAUUCGCCAACAAACUCGUCUUCGCGGUCGCCUGUGCAGACUUCACGGUGCGAAUCAUCACAUUACCGCUCAACCCCCCAUCCAAUGUCGCAAAAGACCGAACUUCGCCGAGCAAAUCACUUUAUGGCGAAGAAGUUGCGACGAUCCCAGCAUAUGCAGGUCAUCAAGAUAUUCCAAGGGGCGUGUCUAUGACUUGGACUGCACGAGACGCUUCCAGUCGUAAGCCGUCUCAAGUUGAUGAGAUGGAUGUAGAUACAGUCGAGGGCAAUGCUUCGAACAAGCAGACUACCCAGAAUGAUGGCGAUGCUCCUGCUAUGAGUUCUGACAACUUCGACCUGCUUCUCGCUUCACACUCAUCUGAGUUAGGCGGACUUUUGAAGCUUUGGCGGUUCAACUUAACGAAAACAUCAGUUCAGAUGGAUGGUCCCGUGUCACCAUCUCAUACCCUCACCCUUCAAAAACCUGCUACAAAAGUCACGUUCAAUACGGCGCAAUAUCCUAAAGCUCGCCACACUCAAUUGCUCAUUGCAGAUAAGUCUGGCGCCGUGCGCAUCUUUGAUCUAUCGGCAGAACGCAAAAUGCGAGCAGGCACCAGACUUGCCAAAUCUGGUGCAUUUGUUGCAUCGUUCAAAACAGGGUUUGAGCACGCCAAAGCAAACGCUCCUCCUGCUCUUGCUGGUCGGAAACCAGUUCUUGACGCUGCCUGGAUUUCGGAUGGUCAUCACAUCAUCGCACUGCUCUCGGAUGGUGAAUGGGGUGUGUGGGAUAUAGAUCGUUCAGGACCAAGUCCCCCGGCCGACCCAUCCGUAUUCUCCCUGCGUGGAUUUGUAGGGACAUCAGAUAGCGAGCGAGCCAGCAGCGGUCCUGCCAGCCCCAAAUCUCGCAGUGGCCGUAGCUCACUUGUGCCAAUGACACCGAACACAAGGCGGAGAAAAGAGGAAACUCUAUUCCAUGGUACAUCACCCACCACCACUUCUAUACCUACCAACGGCGGUAUUUCAGUUGCUUCCUUAACAGCUGCGCAUCAUGAGCAUGUCGAGGAUUCAGUUGUGAUUUGGUACGGCUCGGAAAUCCACCGCAUCACAGAUCUUGCCAAAUUCUGGAAACGAACCGCGUCAGCAGCGAACGGAACUUCAAUGUCUGGAUCAGGCCUAUCACGAAUACAAGAUGUUUCUUUGUUUAACGAGUCCAUUACCUCAGUUGGUCAAUUCAGCACGACAACCCAGGAGGCUCGGAUGGCUGUCCCCAGAGAUGUCGUUGUUUCAGGGGAACAUCGCUUGGUUAUAUUGGCAAAUGCGCCUCAGUCUGGCGGGAAGAAUUUAAUGGGGCUGUUUACGGGAGAACAGGCUGAAGACGAAGAAACACGAAAGACAGAUAGAGCGCUGCUCGCUCGUGGUGAACUUGACUUGGGUGGUAUGGACAGGCUGCUCGAUGACAUGGGAGGGAGCGGUUCGAACAGCCUGGUGAUUGGUAAUCCUAGGAAGGUCCUUUUUGCUUCGUCCGCCGCAUAA